AUGGAAUCUGAAUUAAUAUCCACGCUCGAUAAUCUAGCCAAUAAAGAAGGCGUCAAAGGCGUGUUGGUGGCAGAUGAAAAGGGUCUUUGUUUAGGAGUGAGAGGCAUCGCUAAACCAGAUGCUGCUGCCUUCAUCACAUCCAUUGCCAAUACAGCCCGCCAUCUCGACUACACACAGGAAGAUAAAGUCGAAUGUCCAACCAUCAAUGUUGAAUUUGAAAACAAUCAUGUUGUUAUUCGCAACGAGGGAACAUUUACUUUGGCCAUAUUCAUGUAA